GAACGCAGCCGACAGUUCAUACAUACACUGAGAUCUGCGGACACAGGAGAUAUCACAGCCAAGCGCCGACGAGACCAUCCCAUAGCAAACCAGUUCACGUUGAUUUUUCCUUUGUAAAUAAUACAGUAGUUAAAAAAAUAGACAGUCAAAGAUUGAACAAAGUAGCAUAUAAUAAGAAGAGAAGAAAUAAGAAUGGGGCAGAAAACGCCAUUAAUAUUGAUGACUUUAUUGUCUUAUUGCGUCUGGAGAGAUGAGGCUAUGGCUAUGACUGAGGUGAAUGAACCUGUUGGUGGUCCCCAUAUGGCAGAACCUCAGAUUGCCAUGUUUUGCGGGCGUCAGCUACUGCACAUGAACACUGAGACUGGACAGUGGGAACCAGAUCCUCAGAGGCGCCAGGGAUGCUUCACCCAGCCCAGCAAGAUCCUAUCAUACUGCCAGGAGAUGUAUCCUGGUCUCCAGAUAUCCCAUGUAGAAGAGGCCUUAUCUCCAGCGACCAUCCCAGGCUGGUGUAAGAAAGGCUGGGGUCACUGUCAGACCCGCUCCUUCAUUGUUGUGCCCUACCGCUGUCUGGUUGGUGAAUAUGUAAGUGAGGCACUCCUUGUUCCAGAUCGUUGUCGCUUUUUGCACCAGGAGCAAAUGGACUCUUGUGAGAGCUACGUUUACUGGCACAACAUUGCCAAAGAGGCUUGCACAGCUGACAGUCUGGAGUUGCAUAGUUAUGGGAUGCUGUUGCCGUGUGGUGACCGUUUUCGUGGGGUGGAGUAUGUGUGUUGCCCUGGCAGGGCUGGAACAAGUGGACGUGGUGAGACAGAGACAAUAGAUGCUGUACAAGGAGAAACACCCCUUGUAUCCAUGGCUGGAGAAAAAGUUACCACCAGUGUGAAAACUAUGCCGCCCACUCCCAGUCCUUCCCCUGAGACUGACAUAGAGGAAGAUGAUAUGGAAGAGGAAGAGGAAGAGGAGGAGGUAGUGGAGGAAGAGGCAGAUGAGGAAGAGGAGGAGGAGGAAGGGAAUGACGAGGAGCCAGCAGAUGUAGAGGAAGUAGAAGAGGAGGAAGCCACUACGACAGUAAAGGACCCAGAGGAGUACGAGUAUCCCAUUGAUUCUCAUUUCCAGGGCCAAGACUACAUGGACAACUUCUAUUAUGAUAAGACUGCUAAAGCUUCCACCCAACCUCAGACACGGAUGGACAACUCAGUGCCCACUCCUCGUCCUACAGAUGGCGUGGAUGUGUACUUUGAGAUGCCAGGUGAUGACAGUGAACAUGCCAACUUUCUGCGUGCAAAGAUGGACCUGGAGGAACGGCGAAUGAAACGUAUCAACGAGAUCAUGAAGGAGUGGGCAGAAGCAGACAACCAGUCAAAGAACCUUCCUAAGUCAGACCGCCAAGCAUUGAAUGAGCACUUCCAGUCUGUUUUACAGACUCUUGAGGAGCAGGUAGCUGGUGAGAGGCAGAGAUUGGUGGUGACACACCUGGAUCGUGUGGUGGCCACUUUGAAUAAUAAUCGUAGACUGGCCCUGGAGAGCUACCUGAGCGCUGUGCAGAGCGACCCACCGCAGCCGGAGCGUGUGCUUCAGGCACUGAAGCGUUAUAUGGCUGCAGAGCAGAAGGACCGGCGACACACUCUGCGUCAUUACCAGCACAUCGAGUCUGCCGACCCGCAAAAAGCUGAGCAGAUGAAAUUCCAGGUGUACACUCACCUGCAUGUUAUCGAGGAGAGGAUGAAUCAAAGCCUGGCUCUGCUCUAUAAGGUCCCCGGCCUGGCUGAGAAACUUCACGAUGAAAUUCAGGAAUUAGUGAGAACAGAAAGGGGGGACAUCAGUGAACUCAUGACCACUUCCUUCUCUGAGACACGCACCACUGAAGAGCUUCUUCCUGCUGAGAGUGAGGAAGAGAAGGAUGAUGAAGAGGAAGAGGACAGAGCCUUCCAGAACCGCCCAUACCCUCCACGAAUUGACCCCCAGCCCAGUGAUAAGAAAGUUUCUACAGUAGAUGAGUAUGACUAUACCACAUCAGAGAGAGGACCAACUUAUGAAUAUGAAGAGAAGAUCAACACCUCUGUAGAACUGAAGCAGGUGGUCUACAAGUCUCCAGGAAUCCAAAGAGAUGAGCUGCCGGAUGUUUUAGAGACGUUUAACCGUGGUGCAAUGGUGGGGCUUCUGGUUGUUUCUGUGGCCAUUGCCAUGGUGAUGGUUAUAAGCUUGUUGCUAGUCCGCCGUAAGCCAUAUGGAACCAUCAGCCAUGGCAUAGUAGAGGUAGACCCCAUGCUGACCCCAGAGGAAAGACAGCUCAAUAAGAUGCAGAAUCACGGCUACGAAAACCCCACUUACAAAUUCUUCGAGCAAAUGAACUGAGGAGUGGUGUACAGUCACAAGGCCAUGACCUCCCCCUUGCCUCCUGUUUUUUGAUCGGGGUUUCCAUGGCAACCCCCUCUCCCUCGUACUGUAUGUAUGUCUAUAUGACCGAUGUUAAAAAUGUAACAGACCCGGCACGUAAAUAGGGAGAGAAAACUGAUAACAGAAUCUGCAGACCAUAUAAAGCUCUCUCAUCCCCAGUUUUUGCUUUUGUUUGUGAGGGUUUGGCCACACCAAGCAUGUUCAGUGUUCUUAAAUGCCAUUUAAAAUCUUAGAAUGGUGUCCCACAUGAUUUCCAUGAAUUGUGGGUUUCAAAAAAGCUAAACCUGUUCAAGACUGGUUUGUUUAUUGUUUCUAUGUCCAAAGCAGAGUUAUGCUCUUGGUGAAAGUGUGAUAUGAAUGAAAUAAUAUAUUUUUGAGUUCACUAUGAAAACCUGGGAGGGAAAAUGAGUGUAGGCCCUCUUAGACAACCUAAUUAUAGACUAAUCUCAUUUUCAAGACUUUAGACUUAUGAAAGAACAAAGUUUGUAUUCAUAGAUAACCACCUGACAUUCUGGUAGAUCAUUAGUCACACAAUAAGAGCUUUCAAUCUGAAUCAGUGUUUUAAAUGUACCACAAACAUUCAUCGAACAAGUCUACCCAAAAAGCUUAGAAAUAUUUUUCUGGUGUUGCUUCUUAAAAGUAAAUUCUAAGUAAUCGGAUGUCCAUAAGCAUAAAGAAAAAGCAUGCAAAAUUUGGUGUAUGAUGCUAUAACGUACUUGUGUUGGUCCUGUUUCUUGCUUUUUGAUAAAAAUCAAAAUAUCACAGUGCAACAAUGACAUGUACAUAUCUGAAGACGUAACUAAAAUAGACGUUCAUAUCAUUCAUUUGUAUCGAUGCAAUGUGUGGACGAAAAGAUGAGCUUGUGCUGCUCACACCGAGAGAGAAACAUUUCCUAACAUGGCUGAAUGAAAACGGACUGUUGUAUAAACCAGCACAAGAAAAUGACACAGUAACUUCUGACUGAAUGUAUCUUAGGUAGACAUAGACUCCAUUCACGUUCCUCCUAACACACCACAGCGUUUUCUAGAAUGCAGUUAGUUAGCUUUGCUAAGCACUCAGUUUUCAUAUAGUAGUUCAUCGCAGUUCAUUUACAUAUAGAGAGGGUUUGUGUGAAACUAGUUUAUUGUCAUGUCUAAAAGUUGGUCGGCUUGGUACAACUUUAACCAGUUCUGGCUCAAAGACUGGUUGAACUUGCUGCACUUAAAGGUCACUCACUCCUGAAAAUUAUGUCAAGUUAGUUUUUUUAAUAUUAGAGGGUUAUUAAGUUGUCUGUCCAAUGUACUUCAAUUCUAGUAUGAUAGAAAUGUUGGGCGUCUGUCGCAGUGACAAUAAAAUAAACACUACAAUUUUACUGUUAGCCUGAUGUAGAGAGAACAUGUUGCUCUGAAUCUUUUUGUUUAAAUGAAGAAUAUGUUUUUGAGGAGAAAACAUUAUCAUUCUCUGUUAUAUUACAUGACAUAUCAGUAAAAGUGAAACCGAAAUUUGGGCCCAGUAUGUUUUUAGAUGUGUUUUUUUUUUCCCCACUACGUCAUUUCAAAGCAACACUUUUUAUAUAAACCAAACCAAACUCUUAACCACUUCAUCCUGUGAAAUUUUAGCACAUUUAUUGCAGAUAAUACAUUUUCCCCCUGAUCUAUGAGACUAAUCCUUAUGGCAUGUUUUUGUAUGUAUGUUUUCAUUGCCUUUGGGUCUUCCUUUUCUUUUGGCACGCUUGAAAGUGCCUGAAAUACUCAAAAUAUUUUCAGAGAAUAACCCAGAGGAUGGAGCUUUCAUUUAUCCUCUAAUACUCUCAUAUUUCAGUAACAUGUUAAUAAAUGUAAGCUUCCAGAAACAUUCUGCAUAUAAGUAUCAUAUAACAUCAUUUUAAAUAUACAUGUUCAUAAAUCCUUAUUUUGUAACCUCCAGGUUAGAAUUAGAGAUAUGGCACCACAUGCUCAUGGCACUUAAAACUAAUUGGGAUGGUUUGUUGGUACCAUUUCGGAUGACCUGAUGUUUUCUUGAUCACUCUGCGACAAGUAUUUCUGAAUUUGAAUAAGUUUCAAGCUUCCAUUGAUGUGCUUUGAUGCCCUGAUUUAUGACUCCAUAUUUAUGGGUUUAUCAAGAUUUCUUACCAGCAUCAGGAACAUUUAAGACAUUGUAUUCUGUAGAGAAAAAAAUUAUGUUUGUGUGUAUACCUUCUCUUGGCUGAGAUGACCCUCUCCUCUAUACGAAAACCCCUCCCACUCUUAUCCUAAACCAAUAGAAAUGUAAACAAAGUUACAGAUGUUUUAACUGCUGCAUUAUUGCCUUUUUCAAUGCUGUGUUUUGGAUGUAAAUUAUAUGUAUUUUUUAUUUAAGUCGAUAUUAAUUGGAGUUUGGGUGAUUAUAUAGAUUUGGAGUAUCCUGUAUUGGAUUGUAAACAAUGAACAGGUCUGACUAACAUCAUGCUCGAAAACUAGACUAAUUAACUGGGGUCUGAAACCAAGCACAACUGUAUCCAAAUGAAUUAAUUCUUGUCCAUUCUUUAGGUCAUCAGUCUUUCAAAAUAACUUGCCAAAUGUGUUUCUCAAUAAAUAAAUAAAGUGAAAGCCAAUAAGAUGGGAACACAUUUAGCCUAAAUGUAUUUAGGAAUGUGUUGAACAUCCAAUAUGCUUCAAUUUAAUCUUUCACAUGAUAAAUAGCAUGUAAAAAUAUUCAAAGUUCCACUUAAUAAUGUUACAUUUAGUUUUGGAAAUUUGGUAAACUGGUGCUUCAUAUAAUUUCACAGGAUUGGUCAGUGUUUCAGAUGUCAUUAAGCUACUGAAACCAAUUUAGAGAAAUAAACUGAUUGCCAAUAAUUCUGAAAUUUACCAAAAACAUGUUCUGGAUAUGAUUGUAUAAUAAUGUGUCAUGUUUUAAUUCAAUCAGUUGACAUGGAUUAUAAGAGCAAGUAAUCUGUAAACUGAUCUUACUUGUUGUUCUUGCAUUAAAAUGAUAAUCAAAUUAUAAAUGACCCACAGAAUUUGAUUAUGGACUUUUUUAACAAUAACAGGGACAAUCUGUAUUUGUCAGGGUAGGAAAAUCUUAAUUGUUGCUAUUUGUAUGCGUGUGUGCGUGCGUGCGUGUGUGG